AGACGCUCUGAUCUCUGAUUGGCUGAAGCCGCCCAGGAGGGGGCGUGGCCUGAGCGGCGCCACAUCCGGGAGCGACUCCGGGACGGGAGAGGCGCGAGAGGGGGAACAGAGAUGCUGCGCCGCGGUCCCCUCUCCCUUCUCGGCGUUUGCUCUCUCGAUGUCACUUUCGACGUUGGCGACGAAUACGAAGUGAUCGAAACCAUCGGCACCGGCGCCUACGGCGUCGUCAGCUCUGCGCGGCGCCGCGACACCGGACAGGCGGUGGCCAUCAAGAAGAUCCCCAACGCCUUCGAUGUGGUCACCAACGCCAAACGGACGCUGCGAGAGCUGAAGAUCCUCAAACACUUCAAACACGAUAACAUCAUCGCCAUCAAAGACAUCCUCAAACCCACCGUCCCCUACGGAGACUUCCGCUCCGUCUACGUCGUCCUGGACCUGAUGGAGAGCGACCUCCACCAGAUCAUCCACUCCUCUCAACCCCUCACUUUGGAACACGUCCGCUAUUUCCUUUACCAACUCCUCCGCGGCCUCAAAUACAUCCACUCGGCCAACGUCCUCCACCGCGACCUCAAACCUUCCAACCUUUUGGUCAACGAGAACUGCGAGUUAAAGAUCGGCGACUUCGGAAUGGCGCGCGGCCUCGGCUCCGAUCCCGACCAUUCCAAAGCUUUCUUAACGGAAUACGUGGCCACGCGCUGGUACCGCGCCCCGGAGCUUCUCCUCUCCCUCCACCGCUACAGCCGCGCCAUCGACGUGUGGUCGGUCGGUUGUAUCUUCGCCGAAAUGUUGGGAAGGCGCCAACUUUUUCCCGGUCGGAAUUAUAUCCAUCAACUCCAACUCAUUAUGGCCGUCCUGGGGACACCGCCGCCUUCCGUCAUGGCGGCCAUCGGCGCCCAAAGGGUGAGGUCUUACUUACAGAGCCUUCCGCCGCGACCGCCCGUACCGUGGCGCCACCUUUUCGGCGACGCCGAAGCGUCGGCGUUGGCGUUGUUGGAACGGAUGUUGAGGUUCGAUCCUCGCGAACGCCUCGGUGUCGCCGAAGCCCUUCGCCACCCCUUUUUGGCCAAAUACCACGAUCCGGAAGAUGAACCGGAAUGCGUUCCGGCCUUCGAUUUCGCUUUCGACCGCCGCGUUCUCACCAAAGAGGAGAUCAAAGCCGCCAUCGUGGCCGAGAUCGAGGACUUCCACGCCCGACGCGACGGUAUCCGGCGUCAAAUCGCCUUCGCGCCCGACCGCCGCCAUGAUGCCACCAUCGCCGCGGCGAACGUCAACACCACCACCGCCGCCUCCUCGAUGGCCGACGCCGUUUGGCGUUGCGCCGAUGUGGAUAUGGCGAGUCCCGGCUGCGGCGCUGGUGGCGAUUGUCCUAUGGAGUCUCCGCGGGUGAAGGCGGAACCGGGAGGAGCGGCGGUGGUGGCGGCGGCGGCGGCGCCCAAACGCGACGGCGCUAUCUCGGACGACACCAAAGCGGCGCUGAAAGCGGCGCUGCUCAAAUCGGCGCUGAGGAAUAAAAGCAAAGAGCCCCCGUGUGCGGCUCCGGAGGCUCCGGAAUGCCGGAAGCCGGUGACGGCAGCGGAACGCCAACGUGAACGGGAGGAGAAGCGCCGCCGCCGCCAGGAACGGGCGAAGGAACGGGAGAAGAAGCAACGGGAACGCGAGCGCCGGGAGGGACGCAAUGAUGGCCUCCGCGGCAUCGUCCUCACCGACGACGACCGCCACCUCCUGGAGCGAUGGACCAAAAUGAGAGACGGAGCCCCACCGCGACCCACGGCGCCGCCGCCGCCGCCCCACACGGACCCCAACGCCACCGCCAUCGCCAACGCCAACGCCGAGGCCUGGACGGCGCCCGAGGGGUGGAACGACGCUCCGGGCGGCGCCGGAGCCACCGACGCCGACGUGGCCACCGUCACCCAACAGCUCUCCAAGUCCCAGGUGGAGGACCCUUUGCCGCCGGUCUUCGCGGGGACCCCCAAAGGCAGCGGCGCCGGAUACGGCCUCGGCUUCGACCUCGAGGAGUUCCUCUCUCAGUCCCUCGACAUGGACGGAGACCCCAAGGAGAGUCAGGGCGAUUCGGCGCCGCUGUCGGCGUCGCUCUUGGCCGAUUGGCUCGAGGUUCACCGCCUCAGCCCCGACGCCCUCGAGAGCCUUCAGCGCGACCUCCAACUGCCCUCGCCCAUGGUCCUGGCCGACGACGGACCCACGGCGUGACCCACGGCGCGACCCACGGCAUCGACCACCGGCCCCGAACCACCGCCGCAAUCUCAGCGCCCGCCUCGGAACUUCGUCUCCUGCCCCACAGAUCCAUCGGUUCCUGCCCCACAGAUCCACUUCCUGCCCCACAGAUCCAUUUCCUGCCCCACAGAUCCAUUUCCUGCCCCACAGAUCGAUUUUCAGCCCCACAG